AUGGCGAGAGAGGUUCAUCCAGCCCGACAGGCCACCCCAGGUCGCCAACCACGCACCCUGUCAACCCAAUCAGCUACCACCGUAUCCCUCACAACUCUCUCUCGUCUCGUCGCUAGAUCUCCUCAUACCUCUGUCACAUCCCGUAUACCCACUGCUGCUCGUAAACCUCGUCCUGUUUUUGGGGAGCUCUCCGGCAAUGUCUCUCUUCCUCCAUCGACUCUCACCAAAGUUUCAAUCAACAAGCCAAUGGCCAAGGUCACCUCAAAGCCUGUGAUUAGACCACGGACAUCAGUCAAGAAACCCCCAACACUACCUCGCUCCUCUCCAACUUCAUCGCAAUCAUCAGCUCCUACACCGAGAGUCAUUCAACAUCCGUCUCAAAGCAAGGACAGACUACCGAGACGAUCUCCUUCCAUGGUCAUAGACGACAAUGUGACACAGUUGUUGAAUGUGCAACUCCCCGAUAUGACUUUUGACGAAUGGGAAGACACUCGCACUUUUGCUUUUCGCUUUGACAAGCAAAUCACCGAUGCUACUACACAAGAACAUUUGUUGACCCCGAAGGCCACACAAGACACAAGAAUCAAUGACCCACUUCUCAUCUCUACAACUCCUUCCUCUACGCGUCGACAUCCUAUCUCUCGUCUACCUACUCCUCCUUCUUCUCAAGGCUCACCACCUUCCCCGCCAGCUCGGUCGACGCUAUCAUCUCGCAUCCGUCCUCGACCCACAGCCACGCCGCCUCGGCCGAGGGCAAGUAUAUCGGGAAUCCCAGUCCCAACAGAGGAUACACAGGAAGGCUUGUGGGAGUUUUCUGUCCCACUUCAGCCCUCCGACGGUCCGUCUCCCAACCCCAGACGGAAGAAAUCGCCAAAGUUGCAGCACCAUGAUUUUGACUACUCUUGGAGAUUACCAUCACCUGUAUAUCCUGAUAUCAAAGAGAUCAUUCUCACUCCGCAACCUCGACCAACAAAGAAAGGACGUGGAAGAAUGUCACUCCACACGCCAGCUACGACUCUUUCGCAGUCGACCUCUUCUCAAUCGAAGUCGAGGAAAGGCAAGGGGAAAGACGUUGUAAAGCAAGCACCGGCGACGGUCCCAGUUAAUCGAAGGAAGUCGUUGAAAACUCCAGCUCAUAGGGCGCGAUCGAGCACACCGGCGACGGCGAGAAUAAGAGGCAUGACGCCAGUGCAGAAAAAGGCGUUGAAUGGAAGACAGUUGGGUGUCUUACCAACUGUAGUACCCUGUACGCCAGGAGAUGAUGAGCUACUUCUACGACCAAGAGCUUCUAGGCGCUCAAAAAACCUUUCGAUUGAUCCUACACCCCGUGCCCGAGUCGUAUCUCUCGUCCGACCAACUUCCACGAGCCCACAAGCCCACAGCCACGACCAUCUCGCAAGCCGAAGUGUAUCCUCUUCCUUUUCCUCUGAGCCAACUAGAGACGUACGGGAUUUGGAAAUGACUAGGAAUAAUCCGGAGGAGACGAAUGGGGAGAUCGGGGAUGAUCAUGACAAUACACAUGACGAUCUUGACUUUGGGGCUGGAUGGGCAUCAGACAGUGACGCGCAUUCCGAUUCCGCUCCGGACGAUACCUUUUACCACCACAGAGACCCAGGCACCACAAAUCAACUUGCGACAUCUCUACGCGCCAAAAGUCCACUCCACCAGGGCAUCCUCCCUUCGGAAGUCGGCGCCGAUGUUGACGAUAUCACCGUCGAACACCUUCGUCCACCUUCAGCCAUGGCAGCAGUCUCUCCCGCUCGUGAACGAUCCGAAUGGGCAGGUACGAGGGAGGAGAUGGAAAGGCCUGAUGAACCGUUUGUUGAUCUCGAUAUCUCCCAUCAAUCCUCUGACUACGCACUCGAACAUUCAUUCUCGUCCGACUCGACGGAUAGGGGAAGCUGUGAUGCGCAAGACAAAGAAGCGGAUAUCACCAUUGAGAUUGACGGUGGUGCUUGGGAUCCUUCUCCUCCUACGUCACCCAUCUUCCCUUUGCAGGAUAUCGCAAGAGCAGAGACGCCAUCUUCGUUAAAGCCGAACGAACAAAUUGGACCACAGUCGCUCACUGAGGAGGAAAGCAAUCUACCGGUUGAUCCUCUUGUCCCAAAUACCAAUGGUGAUGUGACUGAGGAAUCGUCGGAGCUGGGUGAAGAGAGCGAAGGUGAUGUCACAGCGGAGGUCAACAGUACGGAAUGGGACACUUCGCCUUCACCACGUCUCGUCGACGUUCCGUCAAACUUGACGACGGACUCUACCUCAGUCAUCGAGACUAUCCACACCUCAAACUCGUCCGAGCCAGUCGAUGAGGGGGCAAAGCACAUGAUGAAAGAACACGAUGACCCUCAUGUGUCCUCGAUUGACAUCCCCACUUCGCCCAUCAUCCUCCGAGUCGACAUCCACAACUCUCCUACUCUUCCUGUUCUGAGUACCUCUUCCAUAGUCGAUUCUGCUCAUGUUGAAGUGACCAGAGACCAUCGGGGACUUUCCAGAGUCCUCCCUCAAGAAGAUGGCGAGCGUGCAGAAGACUGGCACUCUCAGCCGGAGGAAAUCCAAUCUAUCUCUCCCCAGUCACCAUUCACAGAGCUCAAUCCGGUCGGGCAGACGAUAUUAGAAGGAUCCCCUCCAAUCACAUCUACUCCGGUACGUGUUACCGAUUUCUCAUUCCCAUCGCCAAGGAAAGAGGGUUCAACUAUUUCGUUCCAUGUCGAAAAAGACACUCAAUUACUCUUGGAUGAAAUGGAUCACAAGGAAGCUGACCUCACCGAUGAAGCAAUUAGUGAUGAUUGGAACACGUCGCAUCCUUCUACACCCAGACUUGGCCUCAUAAGGUCUCCCAGCUCUCACAAUCCUUCCUCUAGCUCUUCAUCUGUGUUACGUUCACCAGCUCAGCUUCUGCCACCCUCGAAAUCAGCUUCACCCAUCCUGAUCAGUUCUGGGGAACGAUCGUAUCCUGACCGAUAUAAGGUCAGUAAAUCGCCUUUUGGAUGGAAACCGAUCUUUCCUCGAUCUCCGCGGCUUGAAAUGGCGACUCGCACAAUACACAUUUCGCCUCCAUCCGAGCUUGUGGGUCAAUCAGGGGAGAAAUUACAAGAGCUCAUGUUUUCCGACUCUGCUGAGACGCAGGUGAUCGGUCAAGAAGGUGGAGGCGAAAAUUCUGUUGUGCCCGACAGAGUCAUCGAGGACCUUAGGCUUGAUCCCGCUAUCAAAGUCCAUCAAGGAUCACAAAAUCCAUAUGCCAAACAGGAAUCUGGCCGUCUUGAUCGUGUUCGCAGAAGAAGCAAAGGUCCUCUACCUGGGCAAGGGACAUCUGCUUCUGUGCUCGACGUGGGUAGCAUGCCUAGUGAGAAAGAGAGGUCGAUUUUUCCUGUACAAAGAGAGAAGGAGAUGCAAUUGGAAGAUUUGAUUGAUGUACGUGCGUUGACUGAGGAGCUAGGUUAUGAGGACAAAUCUCAAGGAAAGAAGGACGAAGAAUAUGGUGAUUCUGUUCUCGAGGAACAUGACGAAACCGAAGUUGCUCAUCUACACGAAUAUCAAGCUGUUGUGGAUCCUGUUCUGUCUGACCCAGACAAACGGAAUCUUGUUCUUGAGAAGAAAGAGCAUGUUGAUCUCGAUGACCAAUCUCGCUCUGCUGAGACGGUGGUGUUAGGCGUGAAAGAGGAUGUUCAAGUGGCGGACACGUCCCCUAUCGAAGCAGCGAUACCGAUACCUAAUGGACAUUUAGACGAGGUCGCAAUAGAAUCGACUCGCACCCAAUCGACGGAGAUAUCACAUGACUUCGUCAGCCCUUUGUCGCCUAUGAAUAAAUUCGACACUCCUGAGGACGAUUGUGCUUCUCAGCCGGAAGAGAAGGUGGACGAGUCGGUAGGGGAUGUGACACUAGAUGGCGAAGCGGGAGAAUGGGACGAAGACAGUGAUGCGGUGUUCGGAACACCUGCGUUUUAUGAUCAAGAAGUUCCCGUGCACUUUGAGCCUGUUCAACCAGUGUCAAAAACUCAUUCGCCUGCCUUUAGUCCUCGACUUGUCUCAACUCAUUCGCCAUUACUUCGACCGCAACACCUCAAUGGGCCUUGUUUCCAUCAUGACGGAGACUAUACUCGAGAGAUAGAGGAGAAGCAAGCCGUAUCUCCUCAACCACUCAAUGACUCGAUGAACGAAGAAGUCACUCCAAUCGAGCCCGAUGAAGGUUUAGACCGAGAAGGAGAAAGCUCAAUUGAAGAAGAAUCGGAAAUGUCAAUUCAAGAGGACCAAAGUUCAUUUGCCCACUCGCUCAAUGAUCAGAUGGAAAACGGUGUUAUAAUUGAAGCAGACGGUGUUGUUUUGAAACACGAACACGACGAGGAAACAUCCUCGACGACAGAUGAGGAGACUUCAAAUGAGGAAGAAUCAGAAGCUUCAAUGGAAGAAGACGAAGGAGUUACAAUGAAUGAAGGAGAAAUGUCACAUGGAGAAGAGCAAUUCUCAGAGACCGAAAGAGACAAAGACCUCGGUGCCGACAAAGAAUCUUCCAGCUCAGAAAGGGAAGAACAAAGUGAGACUUUGAUCCUUCGUCUUAUUCAACAUCCUCCUAUCAAGAUCGAACCUGAGCUCAUCGAGUCUGGCGAGUCCGUCUUAUCACCUCAAAGUCCGCGUCGGUCGGCACGCCUUUCCACACCGGUCCCCCAGAUGGCUAUAUCUCCGCACCCAGCAAGCGAGAGAACGUUACGUCCACCGCCGGAUGUUACUCUGGCUACAUCACCACCGGACACCUCGCCGGCUAAAUCAGUAUGGAAGUCUUCAGGUAUCCAGUCGCCUUUGGCCUCGCCUCGGUCGAAACAAGCUGCAGGGACUAUACAUUCUCCCGUAGCUUCACCUCGACCAGAAGGGAACGCAAGCGGUGAUCUUCGCUCUGUGGCCUCGCCUCGCUCACGACGACAAGCAGAAAGUUUUCAUUCUUCUAUCUCCUCGACCCAUGUCAAACAGACUGCCGAGAUUGUUCGUUCCCCUGUGAAAGGCAAGACGACGUUACGACAGGCACCCCCUUCUCCUGCGCUCACCCAAAAGACAACUCCUUCUCCUAUUUUGGCUCAACAUGCCUCGUCGCCCGUCGUGUCCACUGGAAUGACAAUUGAGAAUAACUCUCGAACAAGUUCUCUCAUCGACACUGUUACAUCGAACACGGAAACUGCUCCUCCUCCUCCCUCGUCUACGCCAGUAGGGCCUAUGUCUAAAUCUCCUAGACUUCCCUCUCAAACAAGAGCUCAGCUGAGCCUGGGUGAGUCCACGGACUUCUCCGUUCCUCCUGAGAUCGCUGCCGAAAAUUCGAACAAAUCGCCACUUCUUCCCUCGACGAAUGCUGUCCCAGUGACGGCAAACCCCACGACCUCUGUAGCACCCGUCUCCGCAGGCACAACUCCCACAACACCAAUCCCACCGAAGAAAGACGACCGUACAUCCGAAGGACUCCAAUGGAUGUUAACCCGUCGCUCUUUUCAAACUCUUCCCCGUCACCCAUCGAGAUUGGCGCAUGAAGUACCUCUUGAAAGCCCCGAGCGACCCAUUUCUGCUCAGCAAUCCCAUUCUCAGCAGUCUGACAAUGCGCAAGCCGGCUCCUCCCGUCAUUCGUCUCAGGAGACGGCAAAUGAACUUGGUUUGGACAUCUUUCACCGCGGAAACUCAGGUCAGAGUAUACGAGUGCGAAAGGACAAUCUCGGUAUGCAAGUGGGAGAUGAGAGAUCUGACCGGGUGGAGAAUGAAAUGGACAGAUCAAUCGAUUCGUUGAUGGAAGUAGAUGAAGCGGAUCGGUCUGUCAGACUUUUAGGACCUACUCGAUCCCUUUUACAGGAAUUGAGUAUGAGGGAUGAGAAAUCUAAAAGCGUAGUAGAGGUUAGCAGUUUGGAUCCUAAAGCAGCAGCCAGAGCAGCGGCGAUUUUGAAGUUGAAUCAUGCUUAUAUCGAACAUGGUCAUACUCCAAAAGGUGACAAAACACCACGAGCUGAUAAAUCUGAACUUUUACUUGAAGCGGAAUUAGAUUUGAUAUCAUUGAGAAGAUCUCGUUCCCGUUCCGCCGCCCCGUCAACACGUACGAUCGAUAGUACAGAUUCUGUCCAAUACGGUGGCAUGGGUCAUUCCGAUAGUCCGAUUUCUUCAAAAGGUGGGGAUGGAGGAAAUAUUGAUAGUCCUUAUCUUCCCGGAGGAUGGAUAAGAACACCAGGAACUAAAAGGAAACGCGGGAUGUCAGUAUCUCCCACUAAAGCCGGUCCCGGUCCAUCUAGACUAUCUUCAGGGGACACAUCGGAUUUUACAGAACGAAGAGGAGAAACAAGUGUUCGACGAAGGGAUAGAAAGGGAAAGGGAAAGGAUAAGGAGAGGGUUUGGGGAGUGACAGAAUGGAAGAAACUUGAGAAAGUUUAUAGAACUGAGAGAGAGGAAUGGACUAAGGAAAGGAAUGUUAAGCCAUUACCAUCAAAGUUGGGUUUGUUCUCUUGGUCUGGGACACAGAGUAAGGCGGAGGCUAGAGAAUGGGAUGGUGGAAGGGUUGUGGAUCGAUUUUUGAAGGAAGAAGGAAGGGUUGCAGAGGGGGAAUGGAGUCGAGACCUGAUCAAACUCCGCGUCGACGCUCUAACUCGAAGGGUAGAAGCUAAAAUAAUGCAAGAAGAAAAUUUCAAUCCCAAACGUCGUAGACAAGAUCCUUCCGGUUCCACAUCUCAUGUUGAUUCCGCGAAACCCAACGAAAAGACUGACGUGAGAAAAUCACACGGUCAAAGAGAUGAUGUUAGCGAAGAAGACACUACGAUUAUUCAUGAAAGAAGCGAUUUGAUACCACCUUCGACCAUUAGGAGAAUGAUCGAUUAUGCUUUUUCGUUUUCCAAGAAACAAGGAGGAGUUAUACAUUCAACUCCUUAUUUAUCUUCUCAGAAGUCUGUUGGUACUGGACAACAAGAUGUAUCCGUGUUGUCUGCCUUCGAUGGUCAAGGAGAUUUAUCUCUGCUGUCUACGUUUUCAGGAGGAUAUGAGAAGUCAACUCGAGAAGGAGGUUUGUUGGGUAGGUUGAAAGCUGUUGGAACCAAAGGUACUCUUUCUUCAUCAAGCAACCCUUCGUCUUCUCUUCCUCUUGCACCACUCAGGCCAGUUGAUUCGACACCUCAACCCGUUCUUCCACCCUCAACUUCAACGACGACGACGAUCACGCAUCUCCCUGGAACAUAUACCUCCAACGCUGUAUCAUCUACAAUAAUUAAACCGGUGUCUGAAGUUGGAUCGCAAAACCAGAUGAAACAAAUUUCUUCGAGCUCUAUCAUAAAACCUUCUCAACCUCCCGCUCACCCAUCUUCUCCGAAAUGGAAAGGCGUUUCAUCACUUUUAACCUCUACUCGACCCGUCUCAGACCCCACCAACCUCAUGAAUCACUCAAAUUCCCAACCCACUUCCACCAACUCUACUCAUACUCCUAUAACGCCCAACUCCCAAACGUCACAUAUCUAUCCAACCCUUCCGUCCUCAGACCAAUCUUUCACACCCACUAACAAACGUUUAUAUCCAACUCUCAACCCACCUAUGUCAGCUCGAUCUACCGCUUUGUCCAAAUUGUUCGAUAAACCUGUUCAUACUCCCGAAAAGGAUGCAGGGGAGAAAGUUGUUGGUAUACCCAUACCUAUCUCGGGAUCGAAAAGACCUAAAGUUUCUGAAUUAGUACGUAGUUUUGAGAAAGAGGGAUUGUUGUCGAAUAUGGUCAAAGGAGCGGAAUUGAGGAGAGUUCAAAGUGGGAGAGAAUGA